UCCCCUCCACAUCUAUAAAUACCCUUUUCUUUCACCACAAAACCCACAUCAAAAAAACCAUGAAUUCUCCCAAAACCAUUGUAUUAACAAUUCUAACCCUAACUUGUGUAACAAGUAACCUAGUUAAGGCCCAAAACUGCGGUUGUGCCGCCAACUUAUGCUGCAGUAAAUGGGGCUACUGCGGCGACACGGCUGAUUACUGCGGCGAUGGGUGCCGAGAAGGGCCGUGUUACAGUCCGGUGACACCGUCUCCGUCGACGCCAAGCGGGGUUUCGGUGGCGGAUGUAGUGACUGAUGAUUUCUUUAAUGGGAUAAUUGGUCAAGCUGAUUCUAGUUGUGCUGGUAAGAAUUUUUAUAGUAGGGCGGCUUUCUUGGAUGCUCUAAAUUAUUAUCCUCAGUUUGGUACGGUUGGAUCAAGAGAUGAUUCUAUGCGUGAAAUUGCUGCUUUCUUCGCUCAUCUUACGCAUGAAACUGGACAUUUUUGCUACAUAGAGGAAAUAAAUGGAGCAUCAGGCGACUACUGUGACGAGAACAACACAGAAUGGCCAUGUAAUCCAGACAAAAAAUACUACGGGAGAGGACCAAUUCAGAUCUCAUGGAACUACAACUACGGGCCAGCGGGCCAGAGUAUUGGGUUUGACGGGUUGAAUGCACCCGAAACUGUUGCCAAUGACCCGGUUAUUGCAUUCAGGACUGCUUUCUGGUUUUGGAUGAACAAUGUUCACAAUCUGAUAAUUUCGGGUCAAGGUUUCGGGUCUACUAUUAAAGCUAUUAAUGGAAUGGAAUGUAAUGGUGGAAAUACACCUGCUGUUAAUGCUAGAGUUGGGUAUUAUACUCAGUAUUGUAAUCAGCUUGGUGUUUCUCCUGGUGAUAAGCUUUCUUGCUAAAUUAUACUCCGUGUAUUUUUUCUGUCUCUUUGAAUUUGAUAUAUAAUGUAAUUCGGUUAUGGGUUUUUUUUAGAUAUUAUUUCGUAACUUGUACUAUUUUCCUACCAUCAUUUUAGUAAUUAUGGUUUAUAGCUAGGGUUUCAAAUAAAUGUAUAAUUUUCAAUUUCA